AUGGCUCUGGGGUGCUAUCAACGCGAAGGAAAACGUGAUUGCAAGCCGAAAUUUGGGAAUCUAAAUGGGAACGUUCUGCUGAAGCGUGGCUCCGGCGUGAACCUCGCUGAGUCGUUGCGUGGAUUCAGCGUAUUUGAAGUUCCCCAAGCGUGUCGGUGCGACGAGUUCCCCGGGAAGGCGCAUUGUGCAGCCGAAAGCUGA